AUGGCGCCGUCGACACAUUUUACACUCAACACGGGUGCCAAGAUUCCCGCUAUCGGUCUCGAGACGGAUACCGCCACAUUGACGCAGCAUUGUAAUGAGAACGAAGUCGGCCAAGGUAUCAAAGAUAGCGGGGUGCCUCGCGAGGAGAUCUUCCUUACCAGCAAACUUUGGAACACUCACCAACCCAAUGUGAAAGAAGGUCUACAGAAGACCCUCGACGCUCUGGGUGUAGAGUAUCUUGAUCUCUACAACGAGUCGAGCGAGCUCCUCCCAGUGAAUCCAGACGGCACGAGGUCAGUCGAUCGAUCAUGGGACCAGGGCGAGACCUGGCGUCAAAUGGAAGAGGUCUACAAAUCCGGCAAAGUCAAGGCCAUUGGUGUUGCCAACUGGUCCAUCCCAUAUUUGGAGAAGCUUCGUAAAUCAUGGACGGUUGUUCCAAGCGUGAACCAAGUCGAGCUCCACCCCUUCCUUCCUCAGCACGAGCUGCGAGAAUACUGCGACGAGCUCGGCAUCCUGCUCGAAGCAUACUCACCUCUUGGGUCCACUGGCGCACCCAUCAUGUCAGAUCCAGAUAUCCAGAAAAUUGCCGACAUGAACGGUGUCUCGGCCGCCACGAUCCUCAUCAGCUAUCAUGUAAACAAGGGCGCUGUGGUCCUACCCAAGUCUGUGACCGAGAAGCGGAUCUCCUCGAAUAAAGAAGUCAUCUCGCUCUCUAAGGAGGACCUGGCUGUGCUCGAUAGUCUAGCUGCAAACGGUAAGGCGAAGCGUAUAAACACGCCUCUAUGGGGCUUCGAUCUUGGCUUCGCUGACUGGUACGGGCCCGUCAAAUCUUCAUAA